UUCUAUUUUCUUGUUGCAAGGACCGUGAGAACACGAGGACACGAGAUCGUGAGAUCGUCUUGUCUAUUUCGGGGAGUGACAAGUUUUGCAAAUAACACUGCCGAUCUACUCUACAAAAUGCAACAGCAACCAGCAACAAGAGGAUGGCUUCGCAGAGACUUGUUAGCCAAGGGUUUAAAUUUUCCUCAAGAUUUAACUGUUGGUCAUCAAGUUUAUGCUAGACAUCCUGAAUCAGGUGAAUAUUGUCUGGGUAAUGUGACAGAUAAUUCAAAGGCUGUAACCUACUACUCUGUUGUUUUCAACGAUGGGACAAGCAGUCAUGACACUUAUCCGGAAGACAUCCUCAAUUACAAUUGCACUGAGGACGGCCCUCCUCCAAUAGGAGCCGCUGUCGAAUUCAUGUGUUUCGGGAAGCGUCACGUCGGCUACCUACGUAGCAUUUCUGAGCGCCAGCUCUACACAUUGAGUUUCCUUGAUGGAGAGGGUACUGUCGUUACCGCCGAGCGACAAGAAUUUUAUCAUCCCGACGAAGGACUUCCCAGCGAUCUUAAAAAUAAAUUGGACAAGCCAGGGUAUCUACCCCAACGCACACGGAUUGACCCCUAAAUCGAAGUGAGUCGAAACACAGAAAUCAAGCAUUCCCUUUUUAUUUUUUAAAUUGCCCUGACUCGAGUUUUCUUUACCUCAAUCUCCCUCUCAGUCUCAACUGUGUAUCAAAAGAAAACGAACUUUUAUUUGCCGUCCUAGCUGUUAUUAGCUUCGAAUAAAUGAUGGAAAAUA